GUUAAGGGAGAAGAGCAGCAGCGAGGAGAAGCAUUCUUCAACUGUGACGUUGCGUGCAGUUCACGCUCCGGCGAUACCACCCUAUGAAAAAGAACAUGUUGCCUAAAAGUGUUGUUGAUAAGCUCCAAGAAAAUGUGAGCAAGCCUUGCUUCUGGAAGUCUCUGUCUCCAGGACAAAAUUGGAAAUCUAAAUCCAUGAGGAUUAUUCCGGAAAAGAUUGUGGGAAGUACACCCGGGGCUUUCGAGCACAGAGUUGUGUUUAGUGUUCGUUGGGAAAAUUCCUGGCAACUCUGGCUUGAACGAGACAAGGACGAUCUGUUUAUGCAAGAAGAAGACUGGAAUGAGUUUGUGGAUGACAACCAUUUAGGUCCAAAUGAUACUUUGUUCUUUAGACACGAUGACACGAUGGAUUUUGAAGUGCAAAUCUUUAAGAAUAAUGGGUAUGAGAUCAUGGACGUACCUCUUGAAGUUGAACUCGAAACUGAACCACUUCAUCAUAAGCCCCAGAAUUCUCACAAGGAGACAGUCACUGUCUCUGCCUCUGGCUCUGAAAAUGGAGGAACAAAUGGCCGAGUAAGACAUCGUCGUGAUGUCAUGAAUCCUAUGCGAUACCUCUUGAAUCCCGAAAACCCUCACUUUGUGAAAGUAGUGACAAAAAGGAACGACGUUCUGUACAUGAGCCGACCGGUGAUUCAUCGUUAUCGCUUGAAGUUUGGUCCCCUUCAUUCCACUAUUGACUUCCUCCUUCCCGGGGGACAAAAAGAGGAAGGCAUUCUUCGGUUCUAUAACGGCCAGCCUUGCUUCAGCGGGUGGUCUGUUGUAUGUCGGAAGUAUAAGCUGAACGUCGGAGACUAUGUGGUUUGCGAAAUUGAACGGUCAGGUAGUCUGGUUACAGGUGUUAGAGUGCAUUUCGUCAAUGAAGACUAGGACUAGUCCUCCUCUCUAGUAACAAGAUUUAACAGCUCUCAACUGUUGUAGUGCUAAAUGAGACACUUGUGUUGAAACAAACUUGUAUUGCAAUUUGGAUAUUACUCACUGUGCUGCUAAGUUUCUUCUACUAAUGUAUUUGAGAAGUCACUCGUCACACCGA